AACGUGGAGCGAUACAAAGGAGCGACCGCGUCACAUCGGAUAUUGGUGUCUAAUCCUGGAUUAUUUUAUCAGCGUCUCAUUCACCAGCGACGCCUGCGUUGAACAAAAUCAUUUCACUUCCGGUGAAGGGAGCCACAACAAGAUCAUCACUUGAGCUAAGCAUCGGCGCUUCGUGGAAGGACCAUUUGUAAUUUCUUUUUUUCUCCGAAGACAAUUCUACGAGUACGUGACGCCAGGCCUCUCGAACGUAUUGUUUAUCGGACAAUGUAUUUCACAGUCGAUAAAGCACAUCAGUCUUGCUGUUUCCAGGAAGCCUAUUUCGCAAUAGACGAGACAGAUCAAACGCGGCAGUUUGAAGUUGAGAGUCAUUACGACAUCUAUUUCCCUCGAUAUAAUUAAGACGUAUGUUUCAAGCAAUUUAUUUUUCAUUCUUUUUUUUAAAUAAAAUGGCUUCUGAAUCGUUAAAUCAAUAGCGAUCGAGAGGGUUUAAAUGACAGACAUGGGAUCCGAAUUAAUGUCGGUGCCGAUUUGAUACGGAAUUAUUAUUAUUUUCUCGCAGUGACUUAAAAACGUUGCUCUAAUCGAAAAGAACUUCACUCUGUCAGGGCCAGAGACGAAGCACAUAGACAAAUAAGUAGAAGAUCACAGGACUGCGUUUGAGAGAACAAAGAAACAGGGACGUUUUACCCAUGGUUAGCACUAUAAAAAAGGGACAAAGCAUAGUUUGCAUUCACAGGAAAAAAAACGAAUUAUGCCCACAUUAUAAGCUAUAGAAAAUCAGGACAGCGUUCGUACUAUUCAGACUUCUCUACUAAUUACAUGCGAUAGGGACGUGUUAUUGAACCUACUGCGGCGAUUUAUCACCGUAUAUAAUUGAGUAAGUUUUUCCUAAAGAGUCCACAUUAACUGGCUUGCGUUACGUUUAAUAAGGCAAUCAUAUGCUAGGCACGGUGAAACGGACGCAGAUCAGCUAUAAGGCAUAAAGACGUUGAACGAUACCGCACGGUUGCAAAAUUACCAGUAACAAACAGUAGGCCUACAUCGCUCAGUAGACGUUGCUAAAGCCUGCAUUGAAACGGACUCCGAGACGGAUCACAUCAUUGCCAUGAAUCAAAGCAUUGAUGAAACGGAACUUGGAAACAGCUCCAUACCCGAAUAUAUUCUCAACAUGCGGAAUACAACGGCGGUGCUUUUUCCAGUGUUAUACACAUUCGUUCUCCUCAUUGGAGUCACUGGGAACGUGCUGGUUAUUUACGUCAUAAUUUCGAACAAGCACAUGAGAACAUGCCCGAACAUGCUGUUCCUAAAUCUGGCGGUGUCCGAUCUUCUGUUCUUGGUGUUUUGCGUCCCGCUUCAAGCGGCGUUCUUUGUGACGAAAUACCAGUUGAAAAUUGGCACCCAUGCCUGCAAAAUGCUCAAGUACACGACGUUUGUUUCGACGGCGGUCGGUGCAUACUCCCUGGCGGCCAUCUGCGCUUUCCGUUGCCGCGCCAUCGUUUCUCCGAUCCAAGCGUCACGGUUUUUGACCACUCGCCAUUCAAUGAUGACCAGUUUAAUUAUCUGGCUGGUCAUGCUUGCGGUCAACACGCCUUUGGCCAUUUAUUACCGCGAGAAUGGACAAUGUACGACAGCAGACGACAUUUCUGACCAAUCCCUAGCGCUCCUUCUCACCGUCAUGCUUGGGGCCGACUUUCUUCUGCCAGUGUUGUUUGUCAUAGGAGCUACAGCGGUCAUUGUUCGGCACUUUCAGGCCCAUUCUAUCCUGUCUGAACACCCGUCUGUCACAGCAAAUGGCUACAACCGCAAAGUGAUCGUAGUCGUCAUCGCCGUGGCAGCCAUAUUUGUCGUCUGCUGGGGUCCCUUCAACUUCCUGGUGCUGUUUGCGACGCUGGGGGGUAAGGCGGAUCGGAAGGUCAUGCCGUUUGUUUCCCUGGUGACCACUUUCCUUGCCUACUCCAACUCGUGUCUCAACCCCAUCAUUUAUAACUUUGCGUCGAACGAAUUUCGAAAGUCGUUCAGGAAGACCGUCAAGGGUGCCUGGUGCUUGAGGGGAUUGAGCAAUAGGAAAGAUGGCCGCAUGUCUCGGGUGACGGACCGCACGGGAAGGGACAACGGAACGACGAUGCAGGAUUUCUCUUCUUCGAGAAUGUCGAGAAGAGCUUCGGAGAGAACCACGCUCAGUGCCGAGUUCGCUGAGAAACCCUGUGUACCUUGAAAAUACCUGUGGACGUACGUAUAUCUGACAAUUUAUGCUCAGAGAAGAUAUAUUCUAUUUACAAAUGAAUACCGCAUUAUUUAUUUCACUGUGCCAGCAUGAAAACGAUCUACCGAUGCAGUUUAUUUUUGUCCUGUUUACCUAGCAAGAUGACAAAAUGAGAUAAAAGUCUCAUUCCAAAUAAAUAUCACCGAACUCCUUAAAUAAUGGAAUACGCGAUCUAGCACGAAUACUCACUCUGUAUAGC